AUGUCGAAGUCGAUACCGGGUGGGGUUUCAGCACACGCACAAGUCAGGUCUCAAGAUCUCAGCGAAGCAGCCUCCGCCGCAGCCGAAGACUUCUUCGUGCAAAUCUACGAAUUCUUCGAACUGAUCAUCACGCGCUUCUUCAAAAAUGGCUACGCCUCCAUCGCGCAGAUGAGCGGCAAACGCUGGACAAAAGUCAUCGGCAGCGUGGCUGCGGGGUCUUCUACCUCAUCAUCCGGCCCUAUAUCGAGAAACUCUUCAAAUGGAUGCAUGAUCAUUGAUCGCGACCGUCGCAAGGAGAAGGAAAAGCGCGACAAGGAGAGGGCGCAGUUCGGCAAGGUCAAGAUGACGGCUAACUCGCUGCGGCCGGGUGCGGAUGAUAAUGGGAAGGUGCUAGGGGAGGUGGAGAAUACGGAUGAUGAGUUGGAGGAUGAGGAGGAUAUCAUGGCGGCUAAAGGGCCUCCAAACGAUCGAGAAACACGGAAGACGACUGAGUCAAGAGCAGCUGUCGAUGUUGACUGUGCACCGCAUCCAAGGAAACGAUGCAAUUGUGGCAUGGCUGUGGAGCUGGCUUCGCUUCGGAUUCAUCAACGAGGCCGAAGUUGUGCAAUUAAAGGAGCACGGGUAAACUUUCGCCGUUCUCUGCAGCCUCCAUCCGCCCGAUUUUGGAUAUUCAUGUAUCGCGGAGCCACCUGGGGUUGA